AUGAAACUUUCAGGAACCUUAGUAGAAAUGGAAGCUGCAAAUUACAGUGAAUGCUUAGAUCCAACCUACACAACUCUGGAAUUCGAAAACAUGCAUAUUUUGUAUGCUGGAAUUGGAAGUCCUGCCCUGGAACAAGUUGAAAUGAAUGAAGCAGAAAAUGUACUGAGUUGCUCAUGUUCCAUAUGUGGGGACAGAGCCACCGGAAAGCACUACGGGGCCUCAAGCUGUGACGGAUGCAAAGGCUUCUUCAGACGCAGCAUACGCAAAAGUCAUGUUUAUUCAUGCAGGUUUAGCAGACAAUGUAUCAUUGAUAAAGACAAGAGAAACCAGUGUAGAUAUUGUCGACUCAGAAAAUGUUUCCAAGCUGGAAUGAAAAAAGAAGCUGUUCAGAAUGAACGGGAUAGGAUAAGUACAAGAAGAAACCCUUAUGACAGUGCUGACAUACCAUCUAUUAACAUUCUGAGGCAAGCUGUAGCCCUCUCACAUCAGUUUACUGCACCCCUCCCACGAACAAGGACAGAUGAUACAACGAGGAAGACUGCAAGCAUUGCCAAUGUAUCAGAAUCUAUGAAACAGCAACUGUUAGCUUUAAUCGAAUGGGCCAAGUACAUCCCUGCCUUCUCUGAACUACCCUUAGAUGAUCAGGUUGCUUUGCUGAGAGCACAUGCUGGAGAACACCUGCUUCUUGGAGUUGCAAAGAGAUCCAUGGAUUACAAGGACAUUUUAUUACUAGGUAAUGAGUAUAUAAUCCAUCGAAAUAGUGAAGAUUCAGAAAUAAGCUGCAUAGCAAACAGAAUUUUGGAUGAGUUAGUCCAGCCACUUCAAGAAAUUCAGAUGGAUGAGAAUGAAUUUGCCUGCUUAAAAGCAAUUAUAUUCUUUGAUCCAGAUGCAAAAGGUUUAAGCAACCCAUCAAAAAUCAAGAAUAUGCGAUAUCAAGUGCAGGUUUCGUUGGAAGAUUAUAUUAAUGACAGACAAUAUGAUUCAAGAGGAAGGUUUGGGGAGUUACUUCUUCUGUUGCCAACUUUACAAAGCAUAACAUGGCAGAUGAUUGAACAAAUGCACAUAAUUAAGCUUUUUGGCGCAAUAAAAUUUGACAGCUUACUUCAAGAGAUGCUGCUUGGAGGACUUAUGGAGGUUAUCUGUUAA